GCGAGCCGGGGGCCACCGCCUCCCGCCCGCCCGACCCGGGGCCGCCCCGCGGCGGCGGCAGCGGCGGCUCCGGACUCCCGGGAGGAUGGGAUGGAUUUAGGGAGCGACGCCGGCAGCAGCCGCUCCAGCUCGGAGUCCAACUCCAGCAAAGCCACGCCGUGCUCGGAGGGCAAGUCCUCGCCGUCCCCCAGCAGCCUGGACCUGGCGGCGCUGGAGGACUCGGAGGAGGAGGAGGAGGAGGACGGGGGCUACCUGCCUUCCCCGCCGGCGCGCCGGGAGCCGCCGCGCUGCCCCGCCGGCGAUGCCCGCUGCCGCGCCGCGCCCGCCCGCCGGAGCGGCUCUCCCUCCGCCGCCGCCGCCGCCGCCGCGCCCCGCCGCCCCGCCGCCGCCCGCCCGCGGCCGCACCAGCACCAGCGCCCGCCGCCGCUGCCCCCGCAGGAGCGUCGGCGCGGCGGGGCGGCGGGGCCGGGCGGGCGGCGGGCGCGGCGGGGCGGCGGGGCGCAGCCCCCGCGAGAACCGCAGCCACCGGCCAUGGACUGGGCGGCCCUGGAGAGGCACCUGGCGGGGCUGCAGUGCCGGGAGCAGGAGCGCGGCCAGCGGGCCAACCCCGCCUCGGCCCAGAAGAAUGAGCGUGAGUCCAUCAGGCAGAAGUUGGCUCUGGGCAGUUUCUUCGACGAUGGCCCGGGACUUUAUACCAGCUGCAGCAAGAGCGGCAAGCCAAGCCUCUCCUCCCGAUUACAAAGUGGGAUGAACCUGCAGAUUUGCUUCGUGAACGACAGCGGCAGCGAUAAGGACAGCGAUGCUGAUGACAGCAAGACAGAAACCAGCCUGGACACACCAUUGUCGCCCAUGAGCAAGCAGAGCUCAUCCUACUCCGAUAGAGACACGACGGAGGAAGAGUCUGAGUCCCUCGAUGACAUGGACUUCCUCACCAGGCAAAAGAAACUCCAAGCUGAAGCCAAAAUGGCCUUGGCUAUGGCAAAGCCCAUGGCCAAAAUGCAGGUCGAGGUCGAAAAGCAAAACAGGAAGAAAUCGCCGGUAGCGGAUCUUCUGCCACAUAUGCCUCAUAUAAGUGAAUGCCUGAUGAAGAGAAGUUUAAAACCCACUGAUCUAAGAGACAUGACUAUCGGGCAGCUACAAGUGAUAGUCAAUGAUCUCCACUCACAGAUAGAAAGCUUGAACGAGGAGCUGGUGCAGCUGCUGCUCAUUCGGGAUGAGCUGCACACGGAGCAGGACGCCAUGCUGGUGGACAUCGAGGACCUGACCAGACACGCCGAAAGUCAGCAGAAGCACAUGGCAGAGAAGAUGCCGGCAAAAUGAACCCCGGAGCCCCGGGAGCAGAGCUCGAGCGAGACUUCAUUUUGCUUCUGUGUGUGUCCAAGCGCUGAUGUCCACGGUGGCGCACAAGAAAACCAGUGUUAGUCAUUGACCAUGUCUGAAGCUUUAUGUCCAGUGAUUGGCCUCUGCUUCUUAAUUUAUUUUAAUUUUUUUACUUGUGCCACUAAAUAUCAGGCAUUUUAAUAAUAUUAUUACAAAAAAGUGUACAGUACUUAUAACAUUAUAAAUCAUGGGUGAGAAGAGAGGGUAGUUUAACUUUAUUUUUGUUUGUUUAGAGAUUUUCAGUUGAACGAUAUUUUACCAUUGACUACUUUUUUAUUCUUCACUGUAGUUUUAAAAUAAAGAAACUGUACUUGACGGUGCUAUACAAGUCAAAAAAAUACAUGCCUGCCUCGUAGUGAAGUUGUAGCUUUCAGUAAUAUGUAUAUUUUAAUCAGUUUUCAACAUUUUGUGAAUGUUGACUACCUGACAUUCAUUUUUAGAUGUGCUAUUAACAUUCAGUUGGAUUCAGAGAGUUACCUUGAAAGUUUUAUGUAUAAAUAUGUAAAAUAAAAAUUUAAAAAAUUGUUUCAUAUGAUACGUCUUUUUGUUGCCUAGUGGUUGACUUUGGUGAUGCACCAGUAAUGUAUUCCUCAAACUAAAUGUGCAAUUCCUAAUUUGUCAUCACCAGAAAGAGCCUUUUUUUUUUGCCUAUCACAUGAAAUUACAGAGAGAAGACAGGAUUUUUGUAGAGUUAUUUAUUUGUAAGUUCAUAAUGUAUGUAUGACCUGGACUUCAGAGAUUCUAUAAUAACAUUCACUGGGCCCUAAUAUUGUGACUAUUGUUAGAAUCAGCAGGCACAUACUGUAGAUGGGUUUUUUUUUUUUAAUAUAUUUUAUUGUCUGGGCUAAAUAUUUAAAUGACUCACCAAUGUCAGAAAUAAAAAAAAAUCUAUGUUAAAAACCUAAGCAGCAUAUUAAAUGUAUUACAUACGGUAAUUACUCACCUCUCUGCCUUUGGGCUAAGUUCCCCGUUAGCAGCUGUGUUCAUCAGCUGAGUGCUGGAUGUGUCGUCCUCUGCGCGUACAGGAGGAGGGACACUGGGAGAUUAAUAGAUCUGUCUUCAUCCCUCAUUUAUUUGAUUUAAUGCUGAAACAUCUGGGCCAUCCCCUUCCUAAGGCUGCCUGGCUGUAGCCAGCAGCAGACACACAUCACGCGCACCAGCUUUUUACAUUUUAAUUCUUUUUUCCUCGGCAGCAAAUUCAUCUUAGCGAAGGGGCUGGCUAAUGACUUAUUCAGGGUGUUUUCAGGAAAGCAUGAGCUGCAUUAAAAUUUCAUCCCCCGCCAAGAAUGUAUUUUACAAAAUUACUUUUUUUUUCCCCCCUGUUUUUGCAGAAAGUACAGGUUACGGAAGCGCCAGCCCUCGGUGGGGUUUGGUGGGGCUGGGGUGGUGGGGGCGGUUGGUUUAAUUUAGGGUUGUUUUUUCUUUUGCCGGGAGUUGCUCCACGGGGCUUCCAGUGGACAGUCCCUGGCCCAGAGCCCCCGUGGGGGAACCACGUCCCUGCUGGGCAGUGUACCCGAGCAGGAAGCUGCACUUGCCCCCAGCUUUUGGAGAAAGAUGCUGGCAUGGGUUAGGCUGCAGAGCCCUUCCCUGCAGACCAGAUGAUAUAAAUUCCUCUUAUUUUGCUUUUUUUCAAUCUAUGCAGAAAAAAAUAAGUAGGUUGGGGUAGUUAGUUUCCUUAUAUAUAGCUCUUGGCUGGCUUGAUGCUGUUGCCUGCAUGUUGGGAGACCUGGAUUUUAUAUUUCUGCUCUGUAAAAUGCUGUGUUUGCAGCGCUCUGAGACCAAAAUCAUCCCCACGGGCACAGAACGGGUACCUCCAUCAGAAACUGCUGUUCAGCUGUCGGUGAGGAGGUGCCUGCCACUGGAUUUAAAGCAUGAACAGCAAAAGCCCCAAAUACAAAAAGGUUGCUCUCAGCUUUAAAAAAAAAAAAAAGCAAGCAAGCCCCCGGGUGCUCCUGGGGAACCCCGUGCCCUCCACAGCCACCCCUACAGCCACCCCCACAGCCACCCCCGGCACCGUGCUCGGCAUCGCCCCUGCCAGCAUCCAGCUUGUGGGGCACAGGGGUGAGGCAGUCUGGUCAGGCUGGAGUUUCGUUCCCUUGCUAAGUGCCUUUAACUUGCUGAAGAGACUAGUUAUUCCGGUCACCUAUCACUGGUUUUCCCCCUUACAUCCUUAGGGGACAGGUUUGUUUUAAGAAAUAAGUGUGUUUCUGGGUAACUGCAUCUCCUUGGCUCUGCGUCCCAUGUACCGAGGUGUCGUGCUGGUGUGUAUGAUGGCAAUGCUGUGGAAUUAAUGGAUUAAAUGACAUUUUUAAAAGA